AUGGAAGGUGUACGCCAAAGCUCGAGACUAUUACGCUCUCGUGGCUCAAUUCUCCUCCCCCAACAACGCCUACCACGGUCCACGAUAGGCGUGUAUCAGACACAAAGACGAGCCCUCACAAAUACACCCCGUGGUCUCGCCCCAGAACCCCUCUUCAGCGGCUUUGGCAGUUCAUCGCAACAGCAUGGCGCACCUACUACAUAUUUCUCGAAUCGAUCUACCCUCCCCACCAAUACCGUCGUGCGGUUCGUACCACAGCAAACAGCAUGGAUUGUCGAACGCAUGGGAAAAUUCCACCGUAUCUUGGAGCCUGGUCUUGCACUCCUUGUUCCAUUCUUAGACCGGAUCGCCUAUGUCAAAAGCCUGAAGGAGUCGGCUAUUGAGAUCCCGAGUCAAAACGCCAUCACUGCAGACAAUGUCACAUUGGAGCUGGAUGGAGUGCUAUACACGCGUGUCUUUGAUGCAUACAAAGCGAGUUACGGCGUUGAGGAUGCCGAAUAUGCCAUCUCUCAGUUAGCGCAGACGACUAUGCGAUCUGAGAUUGGUCAACUUACUCUGGACCAUGUUCUGAAGGAGCGUGCUACUCUCAAUACCAAUAUCACACAGGCUAUCAACGAGGCUGCACAAGUCUGGGGUGUUGUCUGUCUCCGAUAUGAGAUCAGAGAUAUCCAUGCGCCAGAGGGCGUUGUAGCUGCGAUGCACCGCCAGGUAACCGCCGAGCGGUCUAAGCGAGCAGAGAUAUUGGAUUCGGAGGGUCGUCGCCAGAGUGAGAUUAAUAUCGCCGAGGGUCACAAGCAGUCCGUCAUUCUGGCCUCCGAGGCUAUGCGGGCUGAACAGAUCAACCUUGCUACUGGUGAGGCUGAGGCUAUCCGACUCAAGGCUGCUGCUACUGCUCGUGGAAUUGAGUCUGUUGCAAAGGCUAUUCAGGAUGGCCAGGAACAUGCCCAUAGUGCUGUCAGCCUGAGUGUGGCAGAGAAAUACGUCGAGGCAUUCUCUAACUUAGCUCGUGAGGGUACGGCUGUUGUGGUUCCAGGAAAUGUUGGUGAUCUGGGUGGUAUGAUUGCCAAUGCCUUGGCUGUAUAUGGAAAGGUUAGCGAAGGCCAGGCCAAAAGCAUUGCUGCAAAGACUAUCAGUGCAAACAACUCUUCUUCCAAAGAGACUGAAUCGGAGGUCCCCCAAGCCGUGAAGGGUGUUGGAGAAGAACAGGAAUAA